AUGGAUACUGUGAAGUCAAUCAUAGGAUACUUCAAAGUAGAUGAAGCGCAAGAUUUAGCGUCGAAGAGAAAGGCAUUGAAACGGUUGUUUUUUUUGGGUGUUUCCGUCGCCGUUCUGGUGGCGAUUAUUAUCUGCGUUGCGGUUAGCAUUGUUCGUAGCCGGAACAACGAUUCCACACCGAGUUCAUCUCCAAACUUGACUCCAGCAGCUUCACUCAGGGCAGUUUGCAGCAUGACUCAGUUCCCUGACUCUUGUAUUUCCAGCAUCUCCAAGUUUCCAUCGUCCAACACGACGGAUCCGGAGGUUCUUUUCAGGCUUUCCCUGAAGGUGGUGGUCAACGAGCUCGCUUCCAUUUCCUAUUUGCCAAAGAAGCUCGCCGAAGAGACCGAGGACGAGCGACUCAAAUCGGCUCUUAGUGUUUGUGAAGGUAUGUUAGACGACGCGAUGGAUAGUCUCAACAAGACCGUCUCCGCCAUCGAAGUCGGAGACGGGAACAGUAUCAUCGAUCCGACGAAGAUCGACGAUCUCAAAACGUGGCUCACCGCCGCCUUAACAUACCACGAGACGUGUUUCGACACGCUCGACGAGCCUAGCCCGGACAACAAGACGAAGACGGAGAACACGAGUUCCACAACUAUCUCGCAGAGUCUUAAAUCCGCCAUGCAAAACUCCACCGAGUUCACAAGCAGCAGUCUAGCAAUCGUCGCCAAGUGUGCGGUGGCUAUUUCAGGCCGAGAAAGUAACCCCAAUGUGACGGUGGCGGCGGAUGGUUCCGGUGACGUGGAGACGAUCACCGAGGCAGUGUUAAAGGUCCCGACGACGAGUAACGAAAUGUUCGUAAUAUACGUGAAAUCCGGUACGUACGUGGAGAAUAUAUUCUUGGAUAAAAGUGCAUGGAAUGUUAUGAUCUACGGCGACGGAAGGUCCAAGACCAUUAUUUCCGGCAACAAGAACUGCGCCUGCGCCGACGAUGUGACGCUUCACACCUACCAAACGCCCACAUUUUCAAUUCUAGGCAAAGGCUUCAAAAUGAAGAACAUCGGAAUCAUAAAUACUGCCGGACCAGAGAAGCACCAGGCGGUGGCGUUUCAGUCACAGUCCGAUAACUCGGUCUACUACCAAUGCUCGUUCGACGGCUACCAAGACACUCUCUACACUCACAGCAACCGCCAAUUCUACCGUGACUGCGACGUCACCGGGACAGUGGACUUCAUAUUCGGAAACGCAGCCGCCGUCUUCCAAGACUGCACUAUCCGGCCACGUCAGCCGCUUCCGAACCAGUUCAACGCAAUCACCGCCCAGGGUAGAUCAGGUCCGGAUAUGGCCUCCGGGAUCGUGAUCCAGCGAUGCACGAUCUCUGCCAACGGAAACGUAACCGCUGCCACGUAUUUCGGCCGUCCGUGGAAGAAGUACUCCACCACGGUGUAUAUGGAGUCGGAGAUCGGUUCAGUCGUGGAAGCCGCCGGGUGGAUGCGGUGGGAUGCGAGUGUUGACCCGCCUACGAGUAUACUUUAUGGAGAGUAUAAGAAUUGGGGUCCGGGUUCGGGUUUGACCCAGAGGGUUAAAUGGGCCGGGUACAAGCCCGAUAUGUCUGAUGCUGAGGUAGGGAAGUUUACGGUUGCCUCGUUUAUCCUAGGAAGCAAGUGGUUACCGGCCACUGGAGUGCCGUAUCAGCUAACUUAG